AUGGAUUUCGCCUACUGUCGUUCUGGCGACAUACAGGCCUACCGAGAGAUGCGCCAAAAAUCUACCAGGGAUGCAUUCUUCCGCUUACAAAGUGACUCUCAGUUGCAACGGCCGGCAUCUGUAGCUACAGAGUUUGUCGACACAGACUGGGACGAAGAAGUCAUUAGUGAAGCUGAAGAUAAUUCCCCACGCAUUAGUCUGCAGUCGUCUGGGCAACCGAGUUUUACAACUGUAUCAUCAUAUGAUGAAGCACCGACUCCCCGGUCGAGCAGGGGACGCGAGGCAUGCCCCGAGCAUUUGCUCAAGCCAGUAGAAGGACCACGCGGUCCUCAUCUAUUCCGAAGCUCAACAGACCUGUCCCUGGUAGAAGAUGACUUCAUUUUGACCCUCUCGCCAAUAUCUCCGAAAGCUCAGAGGGGCAUUGGCGACCUUUUGGAUAGGUCGGCGAUACCACGAAAGACCAGUCCUCUUCAGUACACACAUAUAGAGCUUAAUUCUGUGCCCCUUGCGUCGUGGACUCCGGAGAUGGUCGCACAGUCGAUGCUCAAUGCUGGCAUUGAGUUGUCUGUGGCCGAUCGUUUUAUUGAGAAUGACAUCAAUGGCGCCAUUCUGAUGACGUUGAAGUUUGAGGACUUGCGGGAGCUUGAUAUUCAAUCUUUCGGAAUUCGCACAAAAGUAUGGCAUCAGAUUCAGACACUUAGAGAUAGUAGACCCUCCUGCCCCCGACCAGCCACACCGAUCGAGGACGCGCCUAGCAGGGAGGCACGUAGGGAACUUAGAAGCAAGGGUGAGACCGAAUCGAGUAGGAGCCAGAGCAACAAACGUCGGGCUCGUCGCAAGCUCUCUGCUGACGAAGAUAUUGUCCAUCCAAUGGAAUCAGUCUCUAUCAUCGGUAUUGAGCAAGUCGUCCCAAAGCCUCAUCACUGCUCAAAAGGAGAGAAAUGCUCCAAGUGGAGGCGGCAGCAAAGACUUCUCGAAGACUUCAAGAAAGCCCACCCAACCGUUGACGCUUACGCGGGAGGUACAGUGAUGAUAUACGGAGAUGCGGGCAACCCCGAAACAGCCAGGGCCAUUGACCCUAACGAGAAUUUUCGGCCUGUAUCUGACGCUGUUCCUUCUGUUGUGGCUUCCUCUGAUGUCAUGGGUCCUGGCGGCUUGCCUCCUUUGCAAUAUCUUCAGGAAGCCACAUUGCGAGGCAUUCAAGCUCGAGAUCCCCAGGAUAACGUCCGCCAGUUCUUGAAAUUUCAGCAAAAGAGUGACUCGAAUCAAGUGCCGCCGACGCCACCAUUUGAGAUUCUACCGCCAACCAAGAUGCCUCAUCAAGGCUUGCGCCAACUGCCUAAGCUCUUCAUCCCUGGAAUACCAAUUCGAGCAGCUCCUUCGAGGACAUCUACGAUCCCUCAGCCCACUGCGCCUCAGCGACAAGAACUGCCUGCUUGUCAGAUGGUGCAGCAAGCGCAACGACAAGCGACACAGCCAGCGGAGUUCGCUCCAUACCGCAUGAACAAGGCGGAACCCUUAUCCCCAGAUUUGGGGACUUCCCGAAGUCCGUACAGGUUUGGCACCCCAUUUUCCGAAAUGGACGUCCCAAUCGCAGCAGUCCCCGUUGGGCCAGUAGCUCGCGACGCGUCACAAUCCGUACCUCCGGAUAUGAACUAUCGGGCCUCGCCUUCCCCUCGAUCCCAAUCAAGAGCGUCCAGCCGGCGCCCUUCCUUCCCAAUUCUCCCUUCCGUCAAUGAAUAUGGCGUGGCACUCCAGACAUCUAAAACACCGUCCCCAAAAAGCUCUUCGCCCAUCUACCGCGUGCGGCAACAGCCCCUUCGGGCGCCUCCUCGCUUCAACUACCCCUGGUCUCCAGCCUCGCGUGGCAAAUUUGAGGACGCUAUCCCUCCUGUGUCAACUCUCCAGCCAGGAGCUGACCAUGAAGCAGCAGCAGUUACCAAUGGCAUUACACAUCAAGGCCCGAUGAAGAAGCGAAAGACACGGCUGCUCCGUCGUGAGUGGCAAGAUGGAUACUUCACCCUCAAAGGAACCAGACUCAACAUGCACAAGGAUGCCCGAGAAGUGGACCGGACCCUCGAGUACAUCGACAUUGAUGACUAUGCAAUUGCCUGCUCUAGCCUCGCAUCUACUUCCAAGCUCAACGCUGCCUUCAAAGCAGUUCGUAUCUCUCAUAACUGUGGAAAGAGUGAUCCAGUUGGGGCUUUCAGCUUUCAGCUUAUUCCCCAAGACAAGAAUGCCGGGGCUCGUUUGCGAAAGCGAGAUAGUUCUAUCAAUGGUGUCAAUGGCAACGCCAUCCCGUCUGAGGGUGUCAAUGCAACAGGGAAGACGCACCAUUUUGCUGUCAAGAGCCGCGACGAUCGCAUCGAUUGGAUGCGCGAGCUGAUGCUAGCAAAAGCUAUGAAGCAGAAGCGCGAGGGUUUCGAGAUUAGCGUUAACGGAAACAUGAUCUAG